AUCUCAACUCUACACAAUUUUUGGAGAUUUAAAACGUCAUAUGAUGAUGACAGAAGAAUAGCAAUAGGAAAAAAUAAAAACUUUUCAUUUAAUUUCCACUGGAUGAAAAUGUAUUUCUGUUCGCAAAAUAAUCGUAUUAUUUCAUAAAACUAUAAAGUAGAAAGUUUGUGGAUCCGAAAGCAAAGUGUAAACAACAUUGAAACGAAAAAAAUGUUAUAUUAAAGUGCUAAAAGUGAAAAGGGAAACGCACCUCAAGUACGCAAAACGCAAUCGCAGCAGAAACGGCAAGAGAAAAAUAUAAACUACGAAUUGUGAAAGGUAGUGAUCUAUAGAAAAAAUUGCACACAAGACUGGAAAACUAGAAAUUAUAGCAACUAAUUAGGUGCGUGUGCGUGGCAAAUGAUGGCCAAAAAUGGCGGCUAAACCACCAAAGCCGCCAGCUACUUUUCUGAAGCAAAAUAGUCACGGCAAUAACAACGACAGCAACGCCAACCAAGUCCACAACAACCACAACAACAGUGAUCCUAGCACUUCCACUGAUUUAGCAUCACCAAAACACACAACGCCUACCUCCGCAACGACGGGUACACCCCUCGCUGAAACCUUCAGCAAGCUGGGUAUACGGCGUUACAACAGCCGAGACAAUCUACUGAACAACAUCAGCAACGAUAACAAUAACAGUGACAGUGGCAUCGACGCCGCCGGCAAUAAUUCGGAGGGAGCGGCUAGCGCACGUCCCGCUUGCAAUUGCACGAACAUAAGUAUUAUGCAUCUCUUUCAUGAGAUGAAGCAGGAGUUCCCCACCAUACCCGAUCCGAUUGUAGCGCAGUGCGUGAACGAGAAUUGCCAUCAGCGUGAGAAUUGCAUACAGAUGUUGAGAAAUGAAUUGGCAUUGAAUCCGACACCAGCGCAAACUUACCCAGCGAAGGUGUUGCAGCAACACAACAUCAACCAGCAACAUAAUAGUGCCCAUCAGUCGAAGCCAUCGUUUCAACAACAACAACAACAGCAACGUCAAUUUAGCCCCCAGGCGCAGACGUCGCCACAAUCGCCACAUCCGCAGCCACCGCAACGUCAUAAAAACGCUGUGUCGCAAAAACCCGCUACGCCGUUGCGUCCGAUUCGCGCCGCGCCAACACAGCCGCCGCCGGGUACGCUGCCACGGAAGCGAAGUGACGUGAAAACGAAUUGUGAUAGUGUUGAGCUGGUGCAAACAAAUAAUAGCAACAAUAAUAACUGCAAUAAUAGUGGUCACUUGUUGAAAGAUGUUAGUAGUGAUCAUUUGCCGUGCAAUAACCACAGCAGCAGCAACAACAAUAGUGUCGGUGAACUCACAAGUCAAACGUGUGAUAUGCCCGCGGCCGCUUCCGCCACCACAAACACACCCGGUGAGUGUGCGCGCUCAAGUGAUUUCGUAGCGGCGCUCAAUAAGCUAGGCGCAACUCCGCCACCGCCAGCGCUAGCACCGUUGAUAGCCACGCGUCCGCGCGCGCGACCCAAUACGCUUAACUUGCAGGCGUCCCAACAGCAAUUGCAACGGCAACAGCUGAACAAGCAGUUACAGCAGCAUUUGCAGCAGCGCUGCCAGCUCCAGCAACAGCAACAGCAGCCAUCGACCGGCUUGUCAGCGGAUACGUCGCAGCAGAAGCCAAUACGUAAAGCGCCGCUGCCUCCGAUCGCGCCGAAGCCCGUCUUUCACAAUCAAACCAACAAUAGCCACAAUCUAAUUAACAACAACAACAAUAACAGUUGCGGAAAUUCACCACAAUCACAAAGCGGUGGUAGCUACUCGACCGAAUCGAACUUGACGAGUCCGAUAAGUUCGUGCGGCGAGAGCGAAUUCGCUGUCAAUGUGGGAUUGACAUCGCAAGCUUUUGCGCUCGGCCACAACAAUAACAAUAGGCAUAACAACAACAACAGUCACAUUGCUUCCACUGCUCCAGCUUAUCAGCAACAACCUUCAUCGCCACUCAAAUCGCCGAUCCGUCAUCGCUCAGUUAUCACAGUGCAGCCAGAGCCGCCAUACGCGCGUGAUUUUCUACCUCCUUCGAAUAUUUCCACAAGCGCUGUAUCAACUUCUUCCGCUGGCGGUAGUGCAAGUAGUACGCCAACAAGUCAGAAAAGUUAUACCUCAGUCAAUUUGACAUUGCGUCAACCCACCGCCGUCGCACCACAGUCAACAAUCGACAUAUCGGCCGGUCCAGCAUUGAGCGGUAACGGUAGUGGUCUUACCUAUUCCAGCACCUCGUUCGACGCUCGGCGUGGCUUUCAGCAAAAUUUCCAUAUAACGGUCACUGAUCAAGGUGGCGUCUUCAAUGCGAGUCGCAUACGACCGCGCAAUAGUAGUAAUUACGCUGGUGUGGAACAACAAGAUGGUCCAGGUGGACCAACGGGCGGUAUAAGUCCGACGGCGGUUGCAACGCACCAUCAACAGCCGCCAACAACAACAUUAACAUCGCCAACAUCACAGCCAGCGCAUAUGCUGGCGGUGCGAGGAAGUCAACCAGCAACUACAACAACGACAACAUCACCAACAAGCGACGAUAUGUGCCUGCCAUACGAAAAUAGUGCUUUCACCGAGAAUAUAAAACGUCAAAAGACGCGCCGUGACAAGCUGGCCACAGCACUGCGUGAGAACAAAAAGAAACUUGGCCAUGUCGAAGAGGAAAUCAACAUAUUAAUAGAAAAUUUGAAUCCCGGCGAAUCUGAGAGACUGGAUCAUGAAAUAGAAAGAUUACGCACUGAUUGUCAGCUAAUGUUGAAUCAAAUUGAAAAUAUCCGACGAUAUGGCCAGCUAACCGAAGCCGAGCGACUGCAACUGCAACAACAACAACAACAACAACCAUUCCCACGUCAACGACCGGCGCGACCGCCACCGGUGCUAUAUCCUUACCCAUACCAGCAGGCUGAACGAGAUUUCCUCUCACCUCAAAAUACGCCUGGUUGUGGUACAGGCAGUUGUAUUGGCGCUGGCAGUACACACGCUAGCGCAGCUAGUACACCCAACUCCUCGCACUUGUUACAGACAUCGUCGCCGAAUGUCGCUUACCAACAACAGCGUCCAGAUUAUGUCAGUCAUCUACCAUCGUAUGUACAACAACCAUCCACCGACGAAGAAGAUUAUUCCGAUUCGAAUACCGAUGGCGGUGAUGAUGAAGAACCACUCGAACGUUGGCCCUGUUCCAUGUGUACAUUCCUCAAUCAUCCACAAUUGAACAUAUGCGAGGCGUGUGAAUGUGUGCGCAUACUACCCGGUACGGUACGCAUUGUGCCCACAGCUAAUGCGGCGUCAGUGGCAGUAGUGGCAGCGGCAACGCCACCAUCCUCACGUGCAGCAUUUAUUGGCAAUACAUCAGCGACUGCAGCAGCUGCUGCGGCUGCCUUAGCUGCAGCGGCACCAGCAGCAAUUGCUCAUGGUUCGGAUGGUGCGGGGGCGAGUGCUAGUGCCACCACUGCUGCCGCACGCACGGUGGCUGCUGAAUAGCGCUGAAGGGCAUCCACAUGCAUGGCGUGUUUUUUGCUUCAGUGUGCUGAGUACUUUCUGUUUUUGCAAUACUUAGGUUAAUGAAACUAGUAACUAAGUUUAAAUUUUAUUUUAUUUCUUUUUUUUUUUUGUUCUUUUUUUUCUAUUUAACCAAAUGCGGUAAUUUUUUUAUACGCUUGUAUAUACUACCCUGUAAAGUUAAGCACAGUUUUAUGCGUUUAAAUGUUUGUGUUUCAUGUGUAUAGACUGCAUGCAGCUUAAAAGCUUUUGCUUGCUCUUACAUUAGUUAGCUGGAUAUGUUUGAACAUAAAAAGAAGGAAAAUAUGUGCUUUAAUCAAAAAAUUAAAAUAAAUAUUAAUCUAAUUAUA